UCACCACGUGCCACGCGCUUCCGUGAAUCUUCUCUUUUUCAUCUUACUAGUUACCUGACAGCUACUGUAGCUAGCUAAAAAAGUUAUGAAAUGUUUUAGAGUACUAGCUUUUCACCAUGAGUGCAUUAUGAAGGAAUGCUCACGCUCCAGUGAUCCUGAUCCUGUCCAGUGCAAGAAGCAUCCAAUGAUCCACCCAUGGCGUGGCACUGGCGUAAAUAAAAUAAAAGCAUCAACUUUACCUCUGCUGAGGUGAGGAGUGAGGACAAGCAAGUGGCACUGCUCACUCCCCACCUUCACCUCACCACCUCACUGCCCAGCUCAGUCUCAGCACCGAGCUCCGCUCCGAGUCAACUGACUGACGCUAGCUUGGUAGAUUAGAUGGAUCGGCAGGGGCAGCAGCACCGGCUGGUGACGAUGCCGCCGUCCUCCUACGCGGGAGGGGGAGGGGGAACGGGGGCCGUGGACGUGGUGGCGCGGGACGCGGCGGCGCAGGCGCUGGGGGCGGUGGUGCAGCUGCACUUCGACAAGACGGUGGAGAAGAAGCGGAGCGCCGACGCGCAGAAGCAGGAGCUCUGGCGCCUCUUCCUCGCCUUCUUCCUCUUCCUGGCGCUCGUCCUCUCCGCCGUCGCCGGCGGGGCCCGCCUCCAGUGCCGCCACCUCUGGGCCCCCGCCGGCCUCCUCUCUCUCGCCCACCUCGCCUUCUACGCCGCCGUCGCGCACCACCUCCGCUGCCUCAACGGCUUCAGGUACCAGCGGCGGUGCCACAAGCUGACGCUGGCGCUGGCGGCGGACCGGCUGAGGAUGCUCAAGUCGGCGGGGGAGGUGGUGGCGGCGGCCGACGUGGAGGUGCCCUACCAGGAGCCGCACGAGAGCUACCUCGCCAAGUUCAGGCGCAGCUGGGCCAUCCACUUCGCCUUCCUCAUCGCCACCUUCGCAUUCUCCGUCGCCGCCGCAGUCGCUGUCCUCUGCUUCUAGCCCUAUCCCAUUAACCCACCAUUAGCUUCUUCUUCUUCUCUCUGCUUCUUCUCUUCAUCAGGAUUGGUAAAAUCAAAUCCAUUGUGCUGUGCUCUGCUCCUUGUCUUUCCUAGCAUUAGCAAGCGAGCAGCACCAAGAAUGUCCUGGGCAAAUUGCUGUUGCCCGCAUUGAUUAAGAGCACCAAGAGUGAGUGAGAUCUGCUUGCCUGCCUACAUUAAUGUCAAGGAUCUUCGUUGGUGUCA